ACAAUAAAUGACGUUCUGUUUAGUGUGAUCGGGGCAGGCUUUUCCAGGUACUUGGAGCACAGGCAGACAAAGGGUUUGAAAGAAAGCCUUCAAUUAACGGGAGUAGCCAUGGUUAAUCUUAGAGCUCAACCAGGAUUGCAGGAACUAACUGAUAUGAUGAAAGGAAAUGGAGGAUCUCGAUGGGGUAACAAGCUAGGGAUCCUUCUUCUUCCUGUUAACUAUAGCAAGAAGGCAUCUAACCCCCUUCAAUACAUGAUAAGAACUAAAAAGAUGAUCGAUCGAAAAAAACGCACUCUCGAAGCACAUUUUUCAUACGGAAUGGGCAAGUUUGUAAUGUCGUGCUUCGGACCCAAGGUAGCUUGCAUGCUUAAUUACAGAAUUGUUUGCAAUACCACAUUCACAAUCUCUAAUGUGAUUGGCCCAAGAGAGGAGAUUACCAUUGGAGGCAAUCCCAUUACAUACAUUAGAGCUACUUCAACAAGCUUGUCCCAUGCAAUAACGAUGCAUAUGAUGAGCUAUGCAGGAAGAGCCGAAAUGCAAAUUCUUGUGGCAAAAGAUAUCAUCCCUGACCCUGAGUUUCUUGCUCAAUGCUUUGAAAAUGCAUUGCUUCAAAUGAAGAUGGCAACAACAUUGGAUACCAAAUAAUACAUGAUUGCUCUUUUUGACUAUUUUGUAUGUGCAUUUUUGUCUUGCUUAAUAGGAAAAAUAACUCAUAAAAUAAAUAGUGGUUUAUAAAUGCCAAAAUUCUAUGUAUCAUGCCAAAAAGAAAGCAUUGAAUUGUAUCUUACUGUUUUAUAAACUUCAAUUUUAUCUCUUA